CAUACCAACCUCUUGGCUGUACCUCCUCUGUUUUGCUCUUCUCUCUGCUUUUGUUAUUAUUUUUUACACUGUUUCCUACAAUGGCAUCGAGUUCGAGCUGGACCCCAAAGCAAAACAAGCUGUUUGAGAAUGCUCUGGCCAUCUACGACAAGGAUACACCUGACCGCUGGAUCAACUUAGCCAGGGCUGUCGGAGGGAAGUCUGUAGAGGAGGUGAAGAGGCAUUAUGAUGUGCUUGUGGAAGACAUCAAUCAGAUUGAGUCCGGCCAAGUCCCAUUGCCUAAUUACAAGAAAAUGGGCACCGGCGGUGGUAACAAAGGAUCCAACUACAUGGUCGACGAAGAUCAAAGGCUAAAGAAUCUCAGGCUCCAUUGAAGAUUUAAAGCAAAUGCAAGAUUAUUGAUAAAUAAUGUAUUAUUAUUACUAUUAACUUUGUUUCCCAUUUCCAUCAAUUGUAAUAUCAUGAAUUCUGUUGAUGAUAAUAAAUGGUCUUGUUCUUAGUAGUGUUGUAAUAUGGCUUCUUGUGCAUGAAUUCUGUUGUAUCUCAUGGUGUUUGCCUGAAAGAGGCAGACAUUGUAAUGCAUUCAGAACUUGAAGAAAUUAAAAUUUAAGAA